AGAGAGGAGCGUUCUUUUACAGUCGUUAGACUAUGCAUAUAUAGUGAUGUAUGCAUAGUAAUAAUCACAAAUUUUAUUUCUCCCGACUUUUCUUGGGACUCUAAACGCAGCACUUGGCUGGCACAAAUCCCCUUUCGCUAAUCGCUUCUCAUCGGAUCGUCGGGAUUCAGACGUCAUGCUUUCAUCCGUCAGAGGUAACGGAGCAUAACGUGAAUCCGCAGUCCGGGGAACAAACAUACAGACAUUCUCAUCAUCAUCAUCAGCAGCAGCAGCAGCUAGCUCAGUGAUGAUGAACAUGGAUUUAAGUGCCGUUAUAGAGGAGAUGGAGACGGGCGACCAAGACUCGGCUCUGACGGCUUUACAGAGCUACAACAAGCAGAUGAACCAGUGCUUUACAUUCAACAGGGAUGAGCAGAAGGACAGAGAGCAUCUGGGGGAGUUAGUGCUCGGUUUCCUGGACCGGGAGUUGCAGCCUUCCUGUCUGCUGGCCUGUCUGGAAACGGUUCGAAUCCUGUCCAGAGAUAAAAAUUGCCUGGACCCAUUCACCAACCAAUUCGCCAUGUCCACUCUUGCCCGCUAUGCUAGCAUUGCUGUGGACAGUGCUACCACACCUGCCCACAGCCAGUCAGUGGAUGGCCAAGAAGAGGAUGCGGGAGGAGACGAGGAAGAGACGGGACUAUGUAGUAAAGUACUGAAGGAAUCUUCCCCUCCUUCAGAAAAUCCUGACCAGGAAGUGAUUGUUGAGGCACUCAAGUCCAUCUGCAACAUCCUGCUGCACAAUGAGACAGGACAGAUGGUAGCAGCAGAUCUGCAGCUGAUUAAAGGUGUGGCAGAGAGAUUGAAACAGUGUCAUGAUCCUACUUGGAACUAUGAGGUACGUUUCUUUGACUUGCGCCUAACCUUCCUGCUGACUGCCCUAAGAGUGGAUGUCAGGGCACAGCUGGCUCAGGAGCUUCAUGGUGUCAGCCUUCUAGGAAACCACUUGGAAGCCACACUGGGUCUAUGCUGCUCAGGGACCCUGGAGACAGCAAGAGCAGGAUUUGAAGGCAUCCCGACCGAAGAGCUGCCCCCACUGAGCCGGCAGCAGACAGAACUAGCUAUGGAGAUACUGAAAAUACUAUUCAACAUCACGUUUGACAUAAACAGACGCAAAGUUGAUGAGGAAGAGGCAGCUGUGUACAGACAUUUGGGAGCCAUACUGAGGCACUGUCUAAUGAGCCAUGCUGAUGGAGAGGAGCGGACUGAAGAGUUUCACAGCCAUAUUGUGAAUUUACUAGGUAACCUCCCUCUGCCUUGUUUGGAUGUAUUAUUGAUGCCCAAGGUGCAGCAAGGUUCCAUUGAAUAUAUGGGUGUCAACAUGGAUGCUGUGAACAUGCUGCUAAAAUUCAUGGAGAAAAGACUUGACCGGGGUCAUAAGCUGAAGGAGACCCUUCUUCCAUCACUGAACUUGUUGACCGAGAGUGCCCGUAUCCACAGAGAGACCAGGAAGUUCCUCAGGUCAAAAGUGCUGCCACCACUACGUGAUGUGAAAAACAGGCCAGAGGUGGGCAACACGCUGAGGAAUAAAAUAGUCCGCCUUAUGACCCACAUUGACACUGACGUCAAGGACUGUGCGGCUGAAUUCCUCUUUGUUCUCUGCAAAGAAAGUGUUUCAAGGUUCAUUAAGUAUACUGGAUAUGGUAAUGCUGCAGGCCUGCUGGCUGCCAGAGGACUGCUUAGAGGAGGUAAAGACCCUGGAAUCUACUCCGAGGAUGAGGACUCUGAGACAGAAGAGUACAGAGAGGCCAAAGCCCAAAUCAACCCAAUAACAGGAGUUGUAGAAGAGGAGCAGCCCAAUCCCAUGGAAGGAAUGACAGAGGAGCAAAAGGAAUAUGAAGCCAUGAAAUUGGUCCACAUGUUUGACAAACUGUCAAGAAACCAUUUAAUACAGCCCAUGCAGCUCGGUAUGGAUGGGACAAUGACAGAGAUGACUACAGAGGAUCUCCAUAAAGUGACCAACAAGCCACUGCUCCAGUCAGAAGACCCUCCUAAUUUAGACAGUGAGGAUGAAAACUGAAGAAGGAAACGAAUUCCAUCCAUGACAAUCCUAAAAAAAUCUGUGUCACUAUUUAAGCGAUUCAUAUAUCAUAAGUAUAAUUUUGUUGCAUUUUACCCAUUUUAAUUGGAGAGGAAAGAAAAUGUUAAUUUGUUUAGUCAAGUAAAAAAGUAUUGUUUAGUCAAAAACACAGCUUGGCAUAACUGGUACACAGGAAGCCACUUAACUGAUCAUAAACUCAACUACAGAAUUCAGAUAAUUUUACAAGGAUGAUUAUUUUAAUAGGAAUAGUUUUUUCAUCCAAGUUAUUUAUGUUCAAUAAAAUAUAAAAAUUUAAUUACUAGGUUGUGUUAUGAAGCACUUAACUGACAACAAGUGGAAGAGAAAAUUCCUUAAACACUUUAUAUAAGGGAAAGAUGUCAGGGGACAAUGUAGCUAGCCAGCAUCAGAUGGUAGUUUGUAGUAUGGCUGUGGGCAUGAUCAACAGGAAGUGAGUGAAGUCAGGGGAGAGGUUUAGGCGGUGGAAGCUGAAGAAGGAAGAAUGAUGUACAGUGUUCAAGGCUGAGUUGAUACAGGUGGUAGGAAGUGUUGGUAGUUGACUGGGAAAGCACAGCUGUAGUGGUGAGGGAAACUGGCAGACGGGUAUUUGGAGAGAUUGAGUUAGAAAAGAUAGGAAGCAGGUUUGGGUGAGUAAAGAUAGUGAUGGAAAUGUAAUGAAGAGAAUGUGUUCAGGAAGGAGAAGCUCAUCAAUGAAGAAAAUGAGAAAGGACAGAAGUGAGUUGGUGAAUCAGGAAGUGUAAAGGAUUAGAAAGGAGGAAGGAAAGGGCAGCUAUGAAGAGGAUGAAGCAUAGAAAGGCAGAUGGUCC